GGCGAGCAUACAUGUUCUAAUGGUAAGAUAUUUUCGGGGGAUUUUGAAGACACCUAUCGUGGCUGAUGAGGUGACAUUUGUCUCAGCAGAAAAACCGAUGAUUUUCCGACAUUUUCUUUAGGAAUAGGUAUUAUUAGUGCCACGUUGUGGGCUGGGAUAUUAGCCGAACACUGUUGAUUUUUCGCCGAGGUUGCUACCGGUUCCCAUGUAGACAAGGUUUGCUUCUCUCCAGUCUGCCGAACCCACUGAGCUGAGGUGCUGUCUUGUUGAGUGAGAGACCAGCUGAAGUAUGAACCUGAUCGUUUAGAAGGUAACGUAAAGGUUUUCCGGCAGGUUGUGUGAUCCCACCAUGGCAGAGGAAGAGAUUGACGGGCGCCCCGCCGAAUAUGGCUUGUCUGUCAAGGAGCUCCGAGAGCUCAUGGAGCUGAGGGGACGGGAAGGCUAUGAACGAAUACAAACAAAAUAUGGAGGGGUUCUGGAGAUGUGUAAAAAGCUCUAUACGUCACCCAAUGAAGGUUUAUCGGGGAAUCCAGUGGAUCUGGAACACCGGAGGAAAACUUUUGGCUCUAAUGUAAUACCUCCCAAGCCGCCAAAAAGUUUUCUACGGUUGGUCUGGGAGGCCUUGCAAGAUGUCACCCUCAUUAUUUUGAUAGUUGCAGCAAUUGUUUCACUAGGAUUAUCUUUUUAUAAGCCACCUGCAGAUGCGAAGGGUGCAGCUGGGCAUGUAGAUGAAUCAGAGAGUCAAGCUGGAUGGAUUGAAGGACUAGCCAUUUUAGUAGCUGUUAUAGUUGUUGUCCUAGUAACUGCCUUCAAUGAUUGGAGGAAAGAAAAACAGUUCCGUGGUUUGCAAAACAAAAUUGAACAUGAGCACAAGUUUGCCACAAUUCGGGGUGGUGAAGUCCUACAGAUUCCAGUGGGAGAAUUAGUUGCCGGUGAUAUAUGUCAAGUAAAAUAUGGUGAUCUGCUUCCAGCAGAUGGCAUCCUCAUACAAAGUAAUGACCUCAAGGUAGACGAGAGCUCCCUUACAGGAGAGUCUGAUCAUGUCAAGAAGGGCGAUGUCACGGAUCCCAUGUUGCUCUCAGGAACUCAUGUUAUGGAAGGCAGUGGUAAGAUGCUAGUGGUGGCUGUCGGAGUCAACUCUCAAACAGGGAUUAUCUUUGCUCUCCUUGGCGCUUCACAAGAAGAUAGUGAGAAAAAGAAGAAGAAGAAAAAGAAGGGAGAGGCAGAUGUGGAGGCGGGAGGAGUCCAGCCCAACCCCGGUGGACAAACCGUUCCAUUGCUGUCUAGCGAAGAUAAUGCAAAAGUGGUGGAUUCUGACUUCGCAAAUGUGCAGUAUAAAGGAACAGGUAAUUCGCACAACACAACUAAGGACAAUCCAGGUGGUGAUGCUAAUCAGGUGGUUGAGGAUGGAAAGAUCGAACUGGAAGAGAAGAAGGAGGGAGCAAAGAAGGAAAAAUUAGGGCGAAAGGAAAAGUCUGUUCUGCAAGCCAAGCUCACUCGACUGGCCAUCCAGAUAGGUUAUGGAGGCACAGCCAUUGCUGUGUUAACAGUUCUCAUACUCAUCAUUCGAUACUGCAUCCAAGAGUUUGUCGUUGACAAAAAAAACUGGGAAGUGGGUGGUACAGCCACACACAUAGCGUUUUUUGUUAAGUAUUUCAUCAUCGGUGUGACUGUGCUGGUUGUGGCGGUGCCAGAAGGGCUUCCAUUGGCAGUCACACUUGCUUUAGCUUAUUCUGUGCGGAAAAUGAUGUAUGACAACAACUUAGUGCGGCAUUUAGAUGCCUGUGAAACUAUGGGUAAUGCGACCGCCAUCUGCUCUGACAAGACUGGGACCUUGACAACCAACAGAAUGACUGUUGUUCAGAGCUACAUUGGGGGCAUUCAUUACAAAAACACUCCAACAUUUUCCGCCUUACCACCUGGUUCUGGGCCUCUCCUUAUCAAGGCUAUCGCCAUCAACAGUGGCUAUACCUCCAGGGUUCUUCCAUCUGAGGACGGUGGAUUUGGCAAACAAGUAGGAAACAAGACCGAAUGUGCCCUUUUGGGAUUUGUACAGGACAUGGGCCAGGACUAUGAGUCUGUUCGUAUUGAAACACCAGAAGAGAAGCUGUACAAAGUCUACACAUUCAACUCUGUGCGCAAAUCCAUGAGCACAGUCAUCCCAAAAGAAGGGGGUGGAUUCAGGCUGUUUACCAAGGGCGCCUCCGAGAUUGUCUUGUCAAAGUGUGAUUAUAUCAUUGGCACUGAUGGACAACCACAUACUUUCUCAACGGCGGCCCAGGAAGAAAUCGUGGCCAACAUCAUCGAACCCAUGGCUGCUGAUGGUCUUCGUACUAUUUGCAUUGCCUACAAAACUUUUGUGAAAGAGGAGAAAGGCAAUGAGAAUGAUGUGGUAUACAGCGAGGAGCCAGACUGGGAGAAUGAAGAUGAAAUUGUGAAGGGUCUGACCUGCCUCUGUGUCGUUGGCAUCGAGGACCCUGUCCGCCCAGAGGUACCUAGUGCCAUCAAGCGAUGUCAGCGCUCUGGAAUCUGCGUUCGUAUGGUGACAGGAGACAAUGUGAACACAGCUCGGUCUAUCGCUUCAAAGUGUGGUAUCUUGAAACCCAAUGACGAUUUUCUUGUGCUGGAAGGAAAGGAAUUCAACAGGAAGAUCCGUGAUCCUACGACUGGAGAGGUGUCACAGGAGCUCCUGGACCAGGUGUGGCCCAAUCUUAGGGUGCUAGCAAGGUCCUCUCCCCAAGACAAGUACACCUUAGUCAAGGGAAUCAUCGACAGCAAGCUCCACUCAAACCGUGAAGUUGUGGCUGUCACAGGAGAUGGCACCAAUGAUGGGCCAGCCCUGAAGAAGGCUGAUGUCGGAUUCGCUAUGGGGAUUUCAGGUACAGAUGUAGCAAAGGAAGCCUCAGACAUCAUUCUGACGGAUGACAACUUUACGAGUAUUGUCAAAGCUGUAAUGUGGGGUAGAAACGUAUACGACAGCAUUGCCAAGUUUCUACAGUUCCAGUUGACGGUCAAUGUGGUAGCCGUCAUUGUGGCAUUCCUAGGAGCUUGUGUGAUUGAGGACAGUCCUCUGAAGGCCAUCCAGAUGUUGUGGGUUAAUCUCAUUAUGGACACCCUGGCCUCGUUGGCUCUAGCCACCGAACUGCCCAGUGAAGAACUCCUCCAGCGUAAACCUUAUGGCCGCACCAAGCCUCUCAUAUCACGCACCAUGAUGAAGAAUAUCUUAGGCCACUCUGUUUACCAAAUGGCCGUCAUUUUUACCUUACUAUUUGCAGGUGCUGAGAUAUUUGAUAUUGAUGACGGCCGAGGCGUCAAAGCCCUUCAUUCUCCUCCCACUGAGCAUUUCACCAUGAUUUUCAACACCUUUGUCAUGAUGACUUUGUUCAAUGAGAUUAAUGCGCGUAAAAUCCACGGGCAGCGCAAUGUCUUUGCAGGAUUGCAGAGGAACCCUAUCUUUAUCGGAAUCUGGAUUGGUACAAUGGUUGGCCAGGUGAUUAUCAUACAUCUGGGAGGAUUGGCGUUCAGCACUAAGGGGCUUUCAAUAGCACAAUGGCUCUGGUGUUUCUUUUUUGGUGUGGGUGCCCUCCUUUGGGGUCAGGUCAUUACCACUAUUCCCACUCAUAAACUCCCGAAGAGGAUAUUCACGUUCUUCUCUCAGCCACCGCCAGACAUGGCUGUGGACGAAAUAGAGGGUGCCGACGAACUGCACCCUCUUGAGUCAGACACCAUGGGACGUAGAGGUCAAAUUUUGUGGGUGCGCGGUUUGACAAGGCUACAGCAGCAGAUCCGUGUUGUAAACGCUUUCCAAAUGGACUUAGAUUCCCACUUGGACAGCUACGACAAACGUAGCCGGCCCUCCGUUAUUAGUCUCCAAUCACUUCAAAGUCAAAGUCGAGGCGUUUCUAAAAAGCCAACUCUGGCGAGUUCCCCUGAGGCGGAGGAAGGAUCAGGCCUUGAUCCCUCGACGCACCGAAUUCACCAUAAACAGGACCUCCAGCCAACUCCGGAGGAGCUGAACGAACAAGCAAAGCUAUAAUUCGGCGGAUUCUUAAAGCUUUUAAUUCGUCGGAUUUUUGCGCAAUUUGCGUGCAGAUUAAAGAUGUGUGGAUUCCCUUGCACAGUUAGCUGAAUGAUUCAGGGGAUUACUGUGAAUGUCUCAGACUGUGGAAUCAACCGAUUGCUUGAGACUUGCUUUUGUCAAAAGCUUGAGGCCAACAAUUUCAAGUAAUGUACAAUUCCUUGGAUUUUACAAAUAUUGAUUUCCCUCAGCUUUUUUGAUGAAAACAUCUGUGAGAGAAGUGACCAGCUGAAAGUAGAAGAAGUGGUAAAAUCCCAAAACAAACUGAAAUUUUUUCUGUGUCAGGUGGUGAUAGAAAGUCAGCAAAGACCAUGACAUACAUGUAAGAUCACAUGGAAAGAAAAGAUGCUGAAGAACAUUUGAAUAACUAAAUUUAAAAAAAAAACAGUAGGAGGAAGAAUUAGGUGACUUGUUAUAUCUCCGUGAUAAAGUUAUAACACUGGUUUUUCAUUCAGUGGUACUGGUAGUUUAUAAGUAUGGUGUUAGUUUAGAAAUUCACCUGUCCGAGAAAAUCACUUGUCCUUCACUGAUGAACGAUGUUUACACGAAAAACUGCAUGCUGUGACACAUCACCUCCUCAUCACUCUCACUUACAUCGUCUUGUACUUGUUGCUUCCUUACAUUCACUUGCUGCUUUUUUGCAUAAACUUGUUGCCUCUGCAUUUUUAUUUUUUUUUUUUUUAUCAGAUCUCAUUUUGCUUCUCUUACAUGUAGUUUUAACCUGUUUUUCUUUUUCUUCUUCCUAACUUAACUAGUAAUAUAUAUGUAUAUAUAUAGUCCUCACUUCUGCAGCCACUGCCUCACAGUCCCAUUUAAAUGGUAUGGUAUUCACGGAUAACAUUGCCUGUUCCCUUUCAGUACUCAUCUCCCUUCUGAUUCCCUGUUCUAUUUUCCGUCUCUUUUGAGGACACAAAUCGCUGUUUAAAUGCCGAAUCCCACCUCCUAAGGGAGAGCAGUUUGAAGACCCCUUGAACCGUGUGAUUUGUAUAAAGAAGAAACAUUACGUUUCUUCCCAUUUGUGGUAAUGAUUCCGUCUGUUUGAGCCGUUACAUCUGCAGUUCCACCUUGCGUGUUAACAAUCUGUAGACAGAGCUCAAAGCUUGUUCCUUCCUCUGCCCUGGUUUGUCAGUGUGGUAAGUCUUACCCUGGCAGUGCCUGACCAUUCCAGCUUAUAGCUGGCUGGUUUGCCACCUCAUUCACAGCAUUUAAUUGUUUGAGUCACUUAGAUAGCUCUGACAGACACACACUCCUGGCUACCUUUCCUACCACACCCCAAACUGAAUACCCUAGAUCAUAUACCUGAUUGAGAAGUUUAAACUUGUAAAAAUUGCAUUGUCUACUGCCCCUUCUUUACUUAUAUUUCCUCCAAAGCUUGUGAGUGUCGAAAUUAUGCCUUUCUACUUUUUUCAUUCAGUUUAUAACCAAUCACUUUGAUCAAAAUUUGAGCAAAAAAAUGGAUUUAAUUAUUAGGUCACCAAGAAAUUUUUGCUUUACAUUUGCUUUUGAUCGUCUGCAGACUCAAACAAUACCUGCUGAUUUUGGAGUGAAAUAGUGUGAAUACAAAAGUGAAAAACCGGUUCAAAAAGUAGAAAUUUGCCGCCCGCUGCGUUUGUACGUAAAAAUUAAGUUUAAAAAAUGUCAGUUUUUGGCCAAUGCUGUUUUGUGGUUUUGUGAAGCUUGUGUUUCUGUUUACUUAUCCUGGCUGCCGUGUGUUUCCUAACCAGUUACUUUUCAUAUGUUUUUUAUAUGUUUUUUUUUUCUUGUUUGGAUUUUUAUAUCUUUAGAAUAUGUCUAUAUUCCUUUUAUUGAUAUUUCUUAGAGUGCCCUCUUCUCACAAUCUGGCUCUUCUGUUUUUCUUCCACUUUUUAUGUACUAAAUGUUUUUCUACAGCUGCUGUUUACUCAAAGUUACUAUAUCAGAUAACAUGUUCAUUUCUUUUAAUACUGGGACUGUUGCUGUAGAUUCAGUUAACUUCUUCAUUCACCCUGAUGUCUCAUACAAACGAACAGCAGAUGCGAAAUGGAGGAACGACUGCACAACAAGGCUCAAUAGAUGCAGGAGCCGUUAGUGAAGGACACAUAGAGUUGAGACAAUGAUAGAGUAAUGACAUCAAACACAACAAGGCUCAAGAUAUCAGGGUGUACAACUGUGUUGUGUGGAACUGAACGUGUUACCUGUUCAGUCAUUGAAUUUGUUCAAUCAGUCAUACACUUCAUUAGAUAGGAGGACAGAGAUUUUGUAGUGACUUAUUCAAACUUUUUCUCAGUGUUUCAUGUUUUUAUAUUGGUUUGAUGUAUGAACAGGUGUACUCACAUUUACUGUUGAUCGGUAAGAUUUGCACACCUGGACUGGUAAUUUUUGCACACUUGAUCUGUAACAUUUGCACAUGGCCUUUGCAUGGUCAGUUCAUAGUGUAGAUUUUUUCAAAGUAUCUGCUUUUAAUAAUAUAAUUGGGAAAUUCAGGUGUAUUGCUGUAAUUAAAUUUAAAAUAAGCAUUUAUUGUUUUCGGGGGAAAAAAAUGCUGGAUAAAUAAAAGGAACAAAUUGUAUGAAAUGACUGAUUAUGAUGAUUUCCAUACUCAUUAUCAGACAUUUUUGUACCGUAAUGCCCUCUAGUGGUAUGUUCCUACAGUUAAAGAUGUGUAGGUGAUACAUGUAAUUUAGCUGUACAACAUCAGUAUGUCCUUACAGAGCUGUUGGAACAAACUCCUUCAUUUUCCAUUUGAGGACAUCAACAGGUUUAUUGACUUAAUGUACAUGUUUUAAAGUCAUAAUGUGGAUUUAUGUAAUUAAUUAUGAUACAUUUGUUUUGUAAGCUUUACAAUUUAGCAUUUAUAAGCUAUCUUUACAGAGCUGCAUUUAAAUUCUUUUUAUUAGAGCCUUACCUUUACUUUUGAUCUUGUGUAAGUAGUGAAAUGCUUUUCUGCUUUUUGUGCCGUUUCCUUCAUUGUAAAUACAUGCAAAUCCUUCACGGAUAUCCACAUGUAGUAUUAUAGUGUGUAUGUGCAUUACAACUUGCAGGCAGUUAUCAGAGAUCAGAAUACUUUUUAAACUUCAAGUCAUAAAUGAGGACUGUUUGUGAAAUUUUAAUGCUUUAUUUGUUAUUUAUUGAAGUCAGAAAUGUACAUACAUGUAUAUGUAAUCAAAUGUCCCAUCAGCUCAAGGCUUCCAUAUGACUCCAGCCUGUGAAAUUUUAACUGCAAAACUCUGUGGGGGUGAGAAUUCCAUUGUGAACAAUUCGUGAUCAUCUACUAGGUGAAGUGUACAGGUGUACAAAUCAUAUGUUAUAGACAGAGGACGGAUGGAUAUAAUUCUAGGUUAGUUUAGAACCCCAAGUUCAUUACGGGGCUAGGAGAUAAAGGUGAAAGAAAUCUGGAAAAAUUUGAAUCUCAUUGAUAUACAUGUUUUAUGUACCGUAAUGGAAAAUAAUUUCACAGUUUAAUAUUGUUUUGCUGUUUACAUAUGAUUGUUGUUGGAGACCAACACCUACGAUUUGGAUGGUCCAGUGUAUGACACACAGAGGAAGUAGCAACUGUAUUGUCUCCAAACUGACAGUCCCAGGUAUGGUGGCUGUAUUAGGCUGGACUCAUCCUCACUGCUGCAGUUGUCUCCCUUCUUGUGCGGUCAUUUUUUUUAAUUUUUUUUAUUCCAGUAUAAAUCUGUUUCUGUGGUGAUCUUUAUCUGGAAGGAAUUGGUGAAAUGUGGAUCUCGAUUUUCCUGCUUCUAGCUCGGCUUUUUUGAAUUCUUGACGUAUGAAAUAACAACUUUUUAGUGUCUAAAUGUAAACUCACUUUAAGGUUUUGUUAUUACUGUUGGUGUAGGCUUAUACAAAGAACAUUUUAUUGUUGUUACAGGCAGGUCACUGACUGGACCAGCCCCCAGAUGUGUGUUGUGAUAGUUGAAUUGAAUAAUAAAAUGGAUUCUUUUUUGUA